UGAUUCUCCACAUGGAUAGACAAGGGAUUAAUGUGUAGUUCACGUGCUAUAUGUCCUGGAUAUGAGGUUUAUUUGCUUAUUGUUAAGUAUUGAAUUUUAGUAGCUGACGCUUGAUAAUGACAAUAAUAGAUGGCUGAAGUAAUAAAUACAGAGAAUGAAGAAGAUCUGCAGUCUCAAAUCGAGGAGGUUGAAGCUCUGUCUGCAAUAUAUGGUGAUGAAUGGUGUGUAAUAGAUGAAGCAUCAAGAAUAUUUUGCAUCAAAAUAUCAGAUGAUUUAGAGGAGCCAAAACUGAAAGCAUGUCUGCAGAUAAUUCUUCCACCUGAUUACCCAAGCACGGCCCCGCCCAUCUACCAAAUCAAUGCAUCCUGGUUGCGCGGCCCUGAGAGGGCCAAAUUGGCAAACAGCCUGGAAGACCUCUAUGUACAACAUGCAGGGGAGAGCAUCCUCUACCUGUGGGUGGAAAAAGUCAGAGAAUUCCUGGUUGAGAAAUCCCACAGCGCAGAAACAGUCGACCAGCCGGAAAAGGUGAACCUGACAGCAGAGGAGGAAGUGGACGAUGGUGAAGACAUACCAGACUUCAAUACCCUCAAACUGAACACAGAGAGUGCACAUCUCUUCAUGGAUCAUGGGAAUGAUGAAGAGGUACCUCCAAUAAAACACGGAAGCGCCAUCACGGACCGACGGAGCACAUUCCAGCCUCAUUUGGCUCCUGUGGUGACACCAAGACAGGUUAAAAUGGUCCUGGAGAAGCUCUAUGAAAACAAGAAGAUUGCCAGCGCCACUCAUAAUAUUUAUGCAUACAGGAUUUACUGCGAGGACAAGCACAGCUUCUUGCAGGAUUGUGAAGAUGACGGUGAGACGGCAGCAGGUGGCAGAUUGCUCCAUUUACUGCAGAUUCUAGAUGUGCGUAAUGUCAUGGUGGUCGUGUCUCGGUGGUAUGGCGGAAUUUUGUUGGGUCCUGACCGUUUCAAACAUAUCAACAACUGUGCGAGAAACAUCCUGGUAGAGGAAGGAUACGCCGCUUCCACGGAGGAAGCCACCAAAUCAGGGGGGAAGACCAAAAGGCCAAAAAACAAGAAGAUAAAGUGAAUCCAAAAAGACAGAAAAACAUUAAUUCUAAGUCUUCAAUCACUUUUCUUUUUAUUUCAGGGAAAAGGUCAUUUCCAGCUGAUUCAUAUGUGUCUUAACAGAGACAGACUCUCAAUUAUUCAUGGUUUAUUCAAAUAACUUAUGUAUUUCAGCCUUUGAAUGAGGUGAAAUGAAAUGUUUACAGGGUGAUGCAUCAUCAUUAAAACAAUCAAACAGU